ACGCCAGUACUGACAUCACUCGGGCCAUUAAAAGACGAGGAUGCAAGACGCGCCUCUAUUAAAGCCGGGCGGAGUCCUGCGCGGAGCGGUGCAACUGGCAUCUGGAGCGGCGCGCGCAGGAAGGUGCGGCGCGCACUGAGCAGCACGCGGAGCACGGUCCAAGGAUAAAAACGCCUGGAUGUGAGGGGAAAAGUAAAAGUGCGAAAAAACCGGCCUGAAGUCCGCCAGGCUGCGCCGUGAGGAGCGGCACUCAGCGCUUAUCAUGCCUCUGGGGGUCUGUCCGGUUGCUUCCCAGAAAUAAGACAACAGGUGAAUAUUGUCAAUGCGUGACCGGCUGCAAGGAUGGAGCAUCUGAACUUUAGUUAAAAAGUGAGCCGUCUUCAACUUUGCCGCUGGAUUUUGUAACUUAUACCUGUCUGGAGAAGAAUAUUUCGAAGAGAUGUUUCUUUGGGUUUAAGUAUUUCACCCUGCCGAGUAAGCUAAGCAAGAAUUAAUGGACUCGCUGACCAUCUCCGUUCUUGUUUUUUCGAAACUGCGGUGAGUCCUUUGAUCUGGAUAACAGAGAACAUCGUUUUCCCGGUUUUAAAAUGGCUUUGGCACUAUAAGCUAAUGUCAAAUUAUACGGAAUAUGGACAAUAGCAAAUAGGAGUGAGAAUAAAUAAAUAACUGUAAACUGAAUGAAGCUACAUUAAUUAAGCUCAGAAAAAAAUACAAUAAAAUACUGUAUAUUUGCAACUUCAUACAGAGCAGCAAUUGUAUUCACAGGACGCUAAAAAAAACAUUAGUUCCGUUUACUGUGCUGCCCCCCCCCCCCUUCAGUGACCAUAUGUUAUCGAUUGGAUUCUUAGAAACUAGGCGAACGAAAAGGGAAGAAUGGAUCGAUAAUGGUAGUGGGGGAGCGUAAUACUCGAACAAAACUCGGUCUGAUAGGAAAGUUUAGUUGCUGUAUUUAGCUAAUGUCCAGUGCUGCUUUGAUCUGUGGCAGACUGGCUGAGUGGAGGUAAUAUUGUAAACCAUGUUAAAUGGGGAAAGUAAUACUAAUCUUUUGUAACGUUUUUGUUUAAUUCCUCUGCACUUCUCAGAAGGUAGUUCCUGUUUGUCAUACGGCCCCCUCAUGACUGUAUCGGGUGUAGUUAGCCCACAGGGCUCAGGGCAGGACGGCAGGAACAGCAGUGCAGCCGAAGCCUCUUGCUCUGGAAACCAGUCCCUGUACUCCUCCGAGGCCACGGCCGCCUUCGCCACUGUCAUCACGCUGAUGGUGCUCAUCACUAUCGUGGGCAACAUCCUGGUCAUCAUCGCGGUUCUGACAAGCCGCUCCCUCCGGGGGCCCCAGAACCUGUUCCUGGUGUCCCUGGCUGCGGCGGACAUAUUGGUGGCCACCCUUAUCGUUCCCUUCUCUCUGGCCAAAGAGCUAAUGGGCUGCUGGUACUUCGGCUCCACGUGGUGUAAGAUCUACCUGGCGCUGGACGUGCUCUUCUGCACCUCUUCUAUAUUCCAUCUGUGCGCCAUCAGCCUGGACCGCUACCUGUCCAUAUCUCGAGCCAUCACCUACGGCGCCAAGCGCACCCCCCGGUGCAUCAAGGGGGCCAUCCUGGUGGUGUGGCUCAUCUCAGCGCUCAUCUCUUUCCCGUCGCUGCUCUUUGUGAACGAAAUAGACAAGGAGUGUGAGCUCAUUGAAGAGAGGUGGUACAUCCUUUACUCCACUGUCGGCUCCUUCUUCGCCCCCUGUCUCAUCAUGAUCCUGGUGUACUUGCGCAUCUACCAGAUAGCCAAGCAGCGCACACGCUGUCCCCCGGGGGAGCAGAGGAAGGAGGGGACGCCGGCGGCCACCACGACACCCCCAAUGGCUUCGGCUCAGGCCCAGCAAAAUGGUACCAAUGAAGGCACGGUCACCAAAGGUCACACUCACAGGCCGCCUAGUCUUACCGUGACACCCUGUCCAUCUUCAAUGCAAGCCAAGAAGUCUACCAAUACCCACGACAUGCUGCAGCCCCCCUCGCCCGCUGCCACCCCCACCACCCCCUCCUCCCCAUCAUGUCCUUCCCCUGUACUGAUAUCCUCCUUGUCUUCUGCUCAUCCACUGGAGAAAGUUCCUAAGUCUAAUGGGGGCAAAAAGCUCAAACGAGUGGGCAGAAGGCCAGUCAACAACAACGGUGAGAGUACCAGCUCUGGGUCGGACACCGAUCAGGGGCUGGUGCUCGAAGGCACACAGGUCGCUGGCUCUGGGAUGCACUCUCCAGCUUCAGUGCAGAAGUACAGGGACAUGAUCACCACCUCAAAGGGGGUGAUACUGGCAGGGUGGAGGUCCAAGCCAGAUGGCACCCGUACCUCUGCGCGGCGCAAGGCCAUGGUGAACCGUGAGAAGCGCUUCACCUUCGUGCUGGCAGUGGUGAUCGGAGUGUUUGUGGUCUGCUGGUUCCCCUUCUUCUUCUCCUAUAGCCUGCAGGCCAUCUGCCCUGAAGCCUGCAAGGUUCCAGAGCCCGUAUUCAAAUUCUUCUUCUGGAUCGGCUACUGUAACAGCUGCCUCAAUCCUGUCAUCUACACCAUUUUCAACAAGGACUUUCGCAGAGCUUUCAAGAAGAUCCUCUGCAAAAGCACCAAAGGCACGUUCUUUUGAAGGCCACCCAGAUCAGCCAUCUUAAGCCACAAGCAUGUCGAGCUCACUCCCCCAAAGACGAUUCCAUUCAGUUCAUUUUAACAGGCGAAUCAAGGAUAAUGGGAAAGUCACACGCCAAGUAACGGCGACAUAAAACUUGCCAGCGUGGCUUUAAAUUAUGGGGACUGCUCCGAGUAACAACUAAAACUUUCUUUUAAGUGAUCAAGAGCUCAAUUUGAACAAGGCUUCAGGGACUGAUUGAAUCAACACUGGGCACAAGGAAUGAGCAGCUUUGUGAACUGAGGAAAGUGCUGCACUUAAGUUAAGGAUUUAUUUAGAAACUUAAUGCUACCACAACUUAAUGUGUGACUUCAGCUCGUAAAUGUUACUUAGGUUCUUAUUUUUUGAAGAGCCCUCAGGGAUGACCAGUUCAUGGGUUCCUAAAUUUUAUUAAAAUAAAAUAUGACUUAAUUUUUUAAGCUUCUCCUGCAUAAUGUAUCAUUGGACCAGAAACAAAUUGAUCCUCUACAUUUAUUUUGAGGCGCUUUAACACAAUCUAUUAGUAGCAGAACUGUAUUUUAAGAAUGAAAUGCAACAAGAGUUAAGUAUGGUCACAAACAAACAGAUCUGAAUGGUUGGUGUUUUUUCUGAAUGUUUUUCUAUAUAUUUGUGUGUGUGUGUGUGUGUGUGUGUGUGUGUGUGUGUGUGUGUGUGUGUGGCACUUCCAGACUGCAGUACGCCUGACACCUUAUGGAUCAUUUUCCUGGUUAAAAGUUUAACAUCUCACAUCGCGAGAGUAAAAUUGCAGAUUCACACCGUCUGUUUGCUGAUGGACACGGCGAAGUCUUAAAGGAUGAGCAAGUACUCCUGGAUUUAAAGUUUGCCUGCCUGGAUGUUUGCAAGUUCUGAGAAAGACAAACAAUGUUCUGUGAUGUUCUCACGUGGAUUUUUUUUUAUCUCUUUCUGGAAUCGUAUUCUAUGUUCUGGGGGUGAGUGGAGGAUUGUUCUGCACUAUGGUAAGGUGCACGUAAAGUGUGCGUUUCUCACUAUCAGGACAGUCUGAAUGGUAGUUUGAAGGUCUGGCUGAAUGUAACAGCCUUGUAGAUCAGAGCUGGCGUCAGAGCCUGCAGUUCCUUGUUUACGUGUGCGCCAGUCGUCUGGGUCUUUGGACGUGUACGCACCUCUCACGACGCAUGUCAGAGAGUCAGCGCAUCUGCUCUUACUCCCACCAAAGCAGGACCUAGGAAGUGUGUGUGAGUAAUCGGUGUGCUUACAGUACCUUCACCAUCACUUAUAAUAUUGGUGUGUGUGGUUCUGGAAGAUUAGUCAUGAUAUGCACUCUGUUCUACCACAAUUCCCAUCUGGGACACUGUUCCCUGCUUCAGGAAGGCAGGAUGUGUUGACAAUGAAAUGUGACUAUUGGGAUGUGACAAGUAUGUUCUGUAUUAUUUAUUUGUUCAGUUGGUGUUUGUCUCUAUUUUCAGUAUCUUGUAUUAUUUUCUUAAAGUAUACCUAUUUCUGAAAUGAAACAAAUAUUAUAUUCUGGCAUGUAUUUAAUAACUGAAAACCAAUUGAUCAAGAAAAAUCAGUUUCUGCAUUGGACGUUUUGUUUUUUAAAUAAUGGAAUGGGUACAGCCUUGAUGGACUGUCAGAGCUGAGCAGGAUUUUUUUUUUCCCUGGGACAGAGCAAAGACACGAUUCAUAUCACAGCUGUGCUCGACUCUCAUUCCCUGCACCAUUCCUGCAGGUUAUUUUAUUUUGUCUGGUUUUGUUUCCCUGGAGUACAAAAUAAUGGUGGCUUGUUUCUACUACUUCAAA